GGAGAUCACAUGCUGGAUGAUUAAUAUAGGGGGCGGAGUCAUGAGGCAUUUCGACCAAUGAGAAAGCGAGGCAUUGCGUCUUUGAAGCCCAGCUUUAUAAACUUGCAGUUGUUUUUCGACGGAAACAUAUUCUCUUCGCGUUUACAAUCGGCAAGCUCUUCACCAUGAGACUGUGUUUGGCCGUGCUGGCUGUGUGCCUCAGCACAGUGUUUGCUGCCCCCAGUCUGGACAGAGAGCUAGACAGUCACUGGCAACAGUGGAAGGAAUGGCAUAAAAAGGAAUAUCACGUGAAGGAGGAAGGCUGGCGGCGAAUGAUCUGGGAGAAGAACUUGAAAAAGAUUGAGGUGCACAACCUGGAUCACUCGAUGGGCAAACACACCUACCGCCUGGCAAUGAACCACUUUGGUGACAUGACCCAUGAGGAAUUCAGGCAGGUCAUGAAUGGCUACAAGCACAAGAAGGAGAGGAAGACAAAGGGAUCUCUUUUCAUGGAGCCUAACUUCCUGGAGGCUCCAAGCAAGUUGGACUGGAGAGAGAAGGGAUAUGUUACUCCAGUCAAAGACCAGGGUCAGUGUGGUUCUUGCUGGGCCUUCAGCACUACUGGAGCCAUGGAGGGUCAGGAGUUCAGAAAGACUGGCAAACUGGUGUCCCUCAGUGAGCAGAAUCUGGUCGACUGCUCUCGUCCCGAAGGCAAUGAGGGCUGCAAUGGUGGACUCAUGGACCAGGCUUUCCAGUACAUCAAGGAUAAUGGUGGCCUGGAUACUGAGCAGUUCUACCCUUACCUCGGAACUGAUGACCAGCCCUGCCACUAUGACCCCAGCUAUAGUGCAGCUAACGACACUGGUUUUGUGGAUGUCCCCAGUGGUAAAGAGCAUGCUCUGAUGAAGGCUGUGGCUGCUGUUGGUCCAGUGUCUGUGGCCAUUGAUGCUGGACACGAGUCCUUCCAGUUCUAUCACUCAGGUAUUUACUUUGAGGAAGACUGCAGUAGUGAGGAAUUGGACCACGGUGUUCUAGUUGUUGGCUAUGGUUAUGAGGGUGAAAACGUAGAUGGGAAGAAGUACUGGAUCGUCAAGAACAGCUGGAGUGAGAGUUGGGGUGACAAAGGCUACAUCUACAUGGCCAAGGACAGACACAACCACUGUGGUAUUGCAACAGCAGCCAGCUACCCAUUGGUCUGAGUGAAAACUCCAGCAUGGCUUACAGAAGGCCUCGUGUCAAACUGUUCAGUAGUUCACUACCAUGAAGUGUCUUCACUGGUGCUAAUGUGACUCUCAGCAGCAGUGCAGUGAAGAGCUAGAUAAUUAUGAUAAAAGGGAAACUUGUAAGCCCAGAAUUAGUUUAGUGUGUGAAAUGAAGACCUAUUGAACAAGACUGUAUAGGCUUGUGGUUUUACAUCAAACACUGUUUUUUAGGCAUUUUAUUCAGUUUUAAGUAGGUUCUUAAUUUUUAUUUUUUUGUUUUCAUGUAAAUAUUUAAGUUGGUGUUGCUUGCCAAACUGUAAAUGCCUUUUUUUUUUUGAGGGGAUUCCUUCUUAGUUUCAUGACCACUUAAACAAAAUAUUUGUAAGUGCAACAUGUGCAAUAAGCAGUAUCCAGUUGUUUUAUUUACAACAUGUGAUGUUUGCACAUUUCCUGUAACUGAGAAUUUUUCAAGCAAUUAAACUGUAUCCUGGUACUAA